GCGGAUUUCCCCGGGACAAAAAGGAUCCCUAUAAAUUGCACACAAUAUGGCACAAGAAGGAGAUAACCUUCUUUGACGGAUGUCCACGGUUAAGCUGCCUUACUUUAAAAUGUUGUACAAAAUAAUGAGGGUGCUGUUCUGCGUGGCAUUGUGUCUUGGCCUUACGUUUUCUUCAAAAGGUAGCCGCAAAGGUUGUUUCAAUAAAGCCGAGCUUGAGAUGCACGGAAAGCCAUUCCUCAGGAAACACCUGCUUCGGUCGGGCUUCAAGAUCCACGUUCCCGACGGCGUGCAGAAAAGAGACCAUGAGACGCACACCUGUGAAAACUUUAAGCUAAAGCCCUCGUCAUUAGACUUAAAGAAUCGGGCUCUGUCCCCGUGGAAGUACAGGAUUGACGUGGAUGACAACAGAUACCCUGCGAGGAUCGCGAUGGCGGAAUGCCUGUGCGAAGGCUGCAUUAUCGACGGUGAGCAGAACCACGGCUACAGCUCCGAGCUGGUGAAGCAGACCGUCAUGGUGGCGACGAUCACCACAUGUCGGUCCGACCCCCAGAAGUACUCACUGCAGUACGUACCGCUGGAGGUCGGGGUUGGCUGCACCUGCGUUAUACCAAGAAGUUAAACUCGGUAUCCCGAGGGAUGGUCCGCACUUAUAAGACACCCGUAGUGACUUGUCUCACGUCAUGUUGUAUUUGUUUUAAAAUGCACCAAUGUUAUUUAACAGAUAACAUUAAUUAUAAUUAUUAGGCUAUGUCUUAUAUAAGAUAACAUGGUUUCACAUGUUUUUUUUAACGAGGGCUCCCAUUUGUAGUCUGUAUCCUAUAUACAGUAUGUAUAUACAAAAUAUAAAAUUUACGUGAAUAUCAUUAUUAAAAUUAAUUUGUUUAAAUUAUGUAAUGCUGUGGAUAUAUAACAAGUGGGGAUAAUAUGUUUGUUACUUAAUUCUGCUUAUGUAUCUAUUUAUUGGGCACUUGAACAAGCAGAAUGUCAGCUGUGAGGUUUAUGAAUAAUGUGUUAGGUCAUUAACGCUAUGUUGACAUGAUGUGUCUACUCGCAUGCAGUGUGCGAAUGUAAGUUAUUUUAAUUUAUUAUAUUUCCUUAACUAAUAAAUGGAUAAUCACAUAA